UGCUAUGUACCCAAAGACCUCAGUGCUCUGCCUAACUUGUUUCCUCCUUGUUUACGGCCCCGAAUUGCCCAAGGAGCCUGGUUCUCAGCAUGAAUUUGGCUGCAUGGGUUGCGAGCUUAGGCAUGUUCAGGAUUGUCCUCAGAUUCCCUCCUCCUUCUAGUCCUCUGUGUGGUUUUCCCAGGAACUGCUCUCGAAGAUCCUUGAAGAUGGGGCAUGCCAGGAGUACAUGUUGCACUGUCUGGGCGGCCUUCCCACAGCGGCAGUUCAUGUCUGAGACCCUGAUGCAUCUUCAGAACUUGUUUGGUCAGGGCUGGUGUCAGCUCAUACACUGCCUGUCCAUGUGGGUUUGUCUGCCAGUCAUGUUCCCACAGCGUAUAUAUUGCUUCCCGAAUUCUGGAUUCUACUGCUGUUCGGAGAAGCCUCUGCUGAACUGGUCGGGGGGCUGUUGCUGCAGUUAUGGCUUCUCCCAUCCUGCCUCGAUGUCCAUGGGACUGUCGCCAUCCUGUUGCUUCUUUUGCUGCCUGGUCAGCCCUUUUGUUCCCCUCAACACCACUGCGUGAGGGUAUCCAUCAGAAGCUUAUCAUGAGCUUGCUUGUGCGUGCUCUAUCAAUAGCCACUAGCACUGUCUCCAGGAUGUAUUGUCCUGACUGCCUGUCUGGGUUUUGGAUUGCCCGCAGUGCUGCUUGAUUGUCGGUGAAGACCAUGGCAUGUUGUAUUUGGCGGCGUAAAGUGAUGACAAGAGCUAGGAGGAUCCCUUGCAGUUCUGUAGCAUAUACUGUGGCCUCUGUCUGUUCUCCCAUGUAUUC